AUGGCCCAGAUCGAUGUGCCCAUGGGUGAGAAGAUCUUCAAUGCGUGGCAGUCUUGGCCAGGGACAGCCAAAUGGUGCGUGGCUUUCACAGUAGCUCAGAUCGCGGCCUGUGUGACUGCCCACCAGUCUUAUGAAAUCGGGCCCAUGUACAAAUCGGUCAAGGAGGAUGAAAUGGCAGUCUUCACCAUGACGCGAAAUGCUUUGAUCAUACCGAUGGCUUUGUUCACCUUGAUUGCGAUGUACCAGGUGGCUGAGAUGUGUUCCCCCAAACCACGACACCGGGUCCUGGUGAUUUCCAGAGUGUCGAUGUUUGAGUUCAUGGUGAAGAUGACCUACUACACGUUGCUGUCUCGAGGUUACGGCUUGGCCUUUGUGAAUCAACGGAGCUUUGAUCAGAGACCCAUCUAUGCCACUCGUUGGAUUGGCUGGACGGUGGCAAUCCCAACCAUGCUCUUCAUGAACCUUUAUCCUCUCAUGGAUGACCGGAAAGCGAGUGAUGCUUUGAUCCGACUUCUGCCACAGCUUGCCAGCUCUGCCGCAUACUGUUGGUCAUGUGGUCUAGGCUGCAUUCUGGAUGAUCCUGGGAUGGGAUGGUUCCUGAACUUCCUGGGCAUUUUCGCAUACCUGGUGAUCAUUGCAGAUACGAUUGCCUAUGUUGGGGAGCACAUCGGCACCACCUCCUCUCCAAGCCUGAAAGGUCUCAGCAUCGCCCUGAAGGAGAUCAUGUUCGUCGUGUACACCGCGGUGUUCCUCUUCGGGAAUUGGGGCCAGAUCAGCUCCUAUGCGUGCCAAGUCUUUUACGGCAUCACUGACCUCAGCCACCUAGCCGUGAUGUGCACCUUGUUGUUCCUCUACUGGAACACGGAUGCCUCCAAACAAGAGAGCAGCACAAAGAUUGAUUAA